UCCGUUUCCGUCGAAAACACGUGUUCGUGUUACGGUGCAAGGGCUGUCUAGAAACAACUGUUACUGUAACUUAAAUAACCGACAGAAUUGUACAUACUGGGAAUAAUAACUGGAACUAGUGCACGCCCGUUGUCAUCUUCCAGCCGGAAAAUGCCAAAGGCACCUAAAGCCAAGGUUGGUCAAAACAAAAAACCCAUUCAUCCUAACAGCAGGAAGGCAGCUGCGUUGUCAAGGAAAGCGUUUCGGGAUGUGCGAAUUUCUAAAGAUAAAUCGGCAAGAAGUAAGCUGGAUGUUCUAGCGGAAAAAUGUGACUGGUUCAGGGAAAACAUUGACUCCGACAAAUCUGUGUAUACGAGGGAAGAGCUUUGUGAACUCAGUAAUCGCUACUUACACAGGUUUGAUGACGAGAUUGAGCAGAUUGAUAUUGUGUCUCGGAUUGGAAACCGACAAGGCAAUCAGCACGCCUCCAGGCUAGCGGCAAUAAAGCUGACCCAGGACAGUGACAAGAAUGAGUUGGAGAGUGUUGGACUUGAUGUUCCCGAUUUAAUGAACAAAUCAACCUUCAGUGAGUUUAAACUGUGGGGCGGUGAAACAAAAUAUGUUCAGAAUUUCAAGCUGAAGAAAAUCCACACAAGUGAUAUAGACAAAGUUGAUGAGGAAAAUAUUACAAAUAAUGACAGUGAUGACGAAAGUGAUGUUGACCAGGCCUGAACCUGAUUCAGACCAGAGAAAUAUGUUAACACAUUGACCUGUGUAAAUAAGAUGGUAAAUUGUUCAGCCUCCACAUUUAGGAAAUUGAGAUGUGACAUGUCCUUUCAAAUGGAAAGGUUUUGGACAAAUGAAUAAAUCGAACUCUUGACUGGA